AUGGAAGCAGGCAAUACCAGUAUGCUGAGUGAAUUCUUCUUCACGGGCCUCACUGAUGACCUUCAGCUUCAACCCAUCCUGUUUGUCCUCUUUUUCAUCACUUAUGCAAUGACAGUAGUGGGAAACUUGGGUCUUCUUACCCUCAUUGUGGUCAGCCCCCGUCUCCACACCCCCAUGUAUUUCUUCCUCAGCAACUUGUCUUUUCUUGACUUCUGUUAUUCCUCAGUCACAGUCCCAAAGAUGUUGAUGGGCUUCUUCCCUGGCUACCAAACCAUCUCUUUCUUUGGCUGCAUGGCUCAAACAGGUUUCUUUGUUAUCUUUUGUGUCACUGAGUUCUUUCUCCUGGCUUCCAUGGCUUAUGAUCGCUAUGUGGCAGUCUGCAAUCCCCUACUCUAUCAUAUCAUCAUGUCCCCAAAGCUCUGCUUGCAACUCGUGGUUGCCAGUUACGUAGUGGGCCUCGUGGAAAUGGUGCUCCUCACUAGCGCAACCUUUCAUCUCACCUUCUGUCGCUCUCAUGUCAUAACUCACUACUUCUGUGAUAUCCUCCCACUUUUAAAACUCUCCUGCUCUGAUACACGUGUCCUGCAGCUUCUCCUCUUUGCCUGUGGUGGUUUUAAUGUAUCUGUGUCUCUGGCAAUUAUUCUAGUGUCCUACAUAUGUGUUUUCAUUGCUAUCAUCAGAAUUCCCUCAGCCCAGGGAAAGCACAAGACAUUCUCCACCUGUGCUUCCCAUCUGACAGCCGUCAGCCUGUACUAUGGAACCACAGUGUUCAUAUAUUUGCGUCCAUCCUCCAAGUACUCACUGGGCAGAGAUGGAUUGGUUUCUGUAUUCUAUACAGUGGUCAUCCCCAUGCUCAACCCUAUGAUCUACAGUCUGAGGAACAAAGAUGUAAAAGAAACAUUUUGGAAUGUUCUUCGAAAGGCUUCACGAUUUCUCAGUUUCUGCAUACUCAGAGUUGCAGGAUGUUGGAGGCAGUAA